CACAAUGCAGGUGGGAAAAACACACUGUUGAAGUCCGGUAUAGAAAAAAACAAGAUGGCUGCCGCGGUGAAGCGUGUGUUGUACGUUGGUGGUCUGGCCGAGGAGGCGGAUGAGAAAGUGUUACACGCUGCAUUUAUUCCAUUCGGUGACAUCACUGACAUUCAGAUCCCUCUGGAUUAUGAGACUGAGAAGCAUCGUGGUUUUGCGUUCAUCGAGUUCGAACUGGCUGAGGAUGCAGCAGCGGCCAUCGACAACAUGAACGAGUCGGAGCUGUUCGGUCGGACGAUCAGAGUGAACAUCGCCAAACCCAUGAGGAUAAAAGAGGGCUCGUCUCGACCUGUCUGGUCUGAAGACGACUGGCUGAAGAAGUUCUCAGGGAAGACGACGGAGGAGACCGAGGAGGCCGAGUCGGCAGGGGACGCGACCAAAACCACCACUCAGGAUGGUGAGCCGCCGGCCAAGAAGGGCAGAGCCAACCCUCAGGUCUACAUGGACAUCAAGAUCGGCAACAAACCGGCGGGGAGGCUGCGCAUGCUGCUCCGGGCCGACGUGGUUCCCAUGACUGCAGAAAACUUCCGGUGCCUGUGCACACACGAGAAGGGUAUCGGCUUCAAAGGCAGCAGUUUCCACCGGGUCAUCCCUCAGUUCAUGUGCCAGGGAGGAGAUUUUACCAACCACAACGGCACGGGCGGCAAAUCCAUCUACGGCGGCAAGUUCGAUGAUGAGAACUUCGUCCUCAAGCACACCGGACCAGGUCAGCUGUCGAUGGCGAACUCCGGGCCGAACAGCAACGGCUCUCAGUUCUUCAUCACCUGCGAUAAAACCGACUGGCUGGACGGGAAGCACGUGGUGUUCGGGGAGGUGAUGGAGGGUAUGGACGUGGUGCACGCCAUGGAGGCUCAAGGAACUAAAGAUGGAAAACCCAAACAGAAAGUCAUUAUAUCUGACUGUGGGGAGUACGUCUGAGUGUGUGUGUGUGUGUGAGUGUGUGUGAGUGUGUGUGAUUUGGAUCUACACCUGUUUUGUAUGACUGAUGUGUAAAUAUUGAAUAAAUCUUUUUUUAUUUUGAA